AUGUCGGAAAGGUCAUGGAACUCAAUAAAACAAGGGGACUGUAAAAUUGAGGUUGGAACAGUUGAUGUGAUAAAGCCCAAAAGUCCAACUGAGGCGAAAGAAAAGAACCAAGUGGGAAAGUCUGUGGUAGUUCCAAGAAUUGAGGAAAAUGUUUGUUUAUCUUUUUUGAAUUUUGCACGGAUUCAAUUCCAACGUGGCCAGUGUAAGUAUUCGCGCCUUCAAUUGCGCGUGUGUCCCCACUCAUUCACGCAGUCAGGUCAUAUACUAAUGUCGGAAAGGUCAUGGAACUCAAUAAAACAAGAGGACUGUAAAAUUGAGGUUGGAACAGUUGAUGUGAUAAAGCCCAAAAGUCCAACUGAGGCGAAAGAAAAGAACCAAGUGGGAAAGUCUGUGGUAGUUCCAAGAAUUGAUGUGAUAAAGCCCAAAAGUCCAACUGAGGCGAAAGAAAAGAACCAAGUGGGAAAGUCUGUGGUAGUUCCAAGAAGAGUGUUUUGUCGACAGUGUGACAAAAACUUUGCAAAGAAAAGUCAUCUGGACGAACACAUUCGUGUUAAACAUGAAGGUAAAGCCUACGAAUGUGUAACUUGCCAUAAGAAAUUACAAACACAUAAAGGACUUAAAAUACAUCGAAAACUUCAUGAAGAUAUCGGAAUGAAAUGUGAAGAAUGUGGUGAACGAUUCACCUAUAAGUCAGACUUGGAUAAACAUUACAGAGCAAUUCAUACAAAUUUAAAGUAUAACUGUGACUACUGUGAACAGACGUUUAGUUGGAAGGCGACAUUAUAUGAACACAAACGCUCUGCACAUAAAGGUGUAUAUUUCCAGUGUGACGAGUGUGAACUGUCGUUUGUCCGCAAUUGGAAUUUAGAAAAACACAAGAGAGAAGUGCAUGAUGUCAACACAUGCAAAAAUACAUCACAGUUGGAUGUUAGUCGAUUUAGCGUAUAUACAUCAGGAUAGAAGGCGAAAUAUUAUGAGUCAGCAUUUCUCACGUGAUCGAUACACCAAAUACUCGAUCUCACACAACCUAAUCUGAAGGUCAAGUCAGUCAAUUUCUAUUGGUAAAUAUUAUCGUCGAAAGAAAAUUUUCUUCGCUGUUUGUGCCUUUUCUUAUGACUCAGUAUGGGAAUAUUUCGUUCAUUGAAAAACUCCAAGGACCCAGCGACAGUAAAGGAAUUAGACAAAUUCCUGCGUUUCUCUGUCAAGCUUGGUGAAGUCAACACGGAGCUUAAUUUUCUUAAACGAUGCAUCGAUAAGCAUGAGUAUCCAAAACAUUACUGGAAGAAUCUCCGCCGGAAUCAUAUUUACCCUAACUCAAAGACACUAAAACGUCACACACUGAAUCACAUCGACGCCAUCCGCUCACGCAUACCCGAACUUGAGCGAAACAUAUCACAAAGAACCCAUGCUUUAUAUGAACUAUCUGAUGAUGAACGACAAACAUUCCAGGAUUACGUAUCUAGUGUCAUACAAAAGCGUUGUGACGAUACUACUUCACGACUAACAAAAAGCUUGAAAC